AUGCGCGCACUUACCAUAAGUUUUCUUUUGAGCGCUUUUGCUCGUAGGACUUUGGCCAAGGAUGACUGUAUCAACAACGACAUUCCCUUCCAGGCAUGCGCUCCCAUCGGUGCAUAUUAUCCACCACCCACCAUCGACAGAUCCUCUGAAACUUUCAAGAAGCUUACGUCCCAGUUCACCAAGACCUUUGAUGACCUCAUCAAGAACGGCGGUAGCGAUAAGUAUGGUCCAAUCACGCCCAACACUACAUCCUUCUCUGUGGUCAUCUUCGGUGGUGCCGAGUCCCUUCGAGAUGAUCCCAUCUUCUUCGAGUAUCACUAUACAUCCCCUGAAGAUCAAGCCUCGAACGCAAACCUCACUUCGGACACCAGAUUUCCAGUUGGUGAUGUGAGCAUGGUAUUCACUGUUUAUGCUUGGCUUGUCAAGAUGGGGGAGCGAUGGGAGACGCCUAUCACUAAGUAUUUGCCUGAACUAGCCAAGGUCAAGGGCCCGCUUACGGCGAACUGGGAGGACAUUACCAUUGGAGCUUUGGCAGGCCAAAUCUCAGGCCUCAGCCGAGAGUCCGGAGCAUGUGUUGUUGGCAAGGCUUGUGACUGGAAGGUUCAAGCUUUCCAGAAGGCCUUUGUGAAGAGGACGCCAUACUUCCUCUCGGAUACAACUCCAGUGGUUUCUUACGCCGCUUUCCAGCUCUUGGUCUUUGCUGUGCAACGAAGUGAUGGCGGCGAUUGGCCCUCGAUUCUGGACAAGACUCUUUUACAACCUCUCAACAUGAGCGACAGUGGAGUCUUGAUCCAUGGUGUCGAAGAUAUCUUUGCCAUGGGGAGUCUCAACACUUCGGCGAUUGGUGAGCCAGGUGCCUUAUCAUUCGUUAGCUCCGUCAAAGAUCUCGCACGCGCUGGGCACUCUAUUCUUGCUUCCGAUCUCCUUUCGCCUGCUGUUACCCGUCGCUGGCUUCAUCCCAAUGUCGAUACUUCCAAUCUUCGCAAUGGCGUAGGUCGACCUUGGGAAGUUUACCGUGCCGGCAACGCCAUUUCACCCAUUCUAGAUGCCUUGACGAAGAGCGGAGCCAUUGGCAAGUAUGCGAGCUACUUUGGACUCACCACCGACUUCAACGCUGGCUUCGCUAUUCUGGCUCAUGAUCACAGUGUCGAGAACAGAAAGCUUGACUUGAACGUGCACGCCGAUAUCGUUAGCGAAGUUCUCGGGUACCUUCAAGUCAUUGCCGCCAAAGAACUCGAGGCGCGCUAUGCCGGAUCGUACUCGGGCAAGGAAGCUGAGGCUACUUUGAACACCACUGAUAACGGCCGGGGUCUCGAAGUUCAGAAGCUUGUGAUUGGUGGGGUGAACAUUAAGAAGCAAAUAGCCCAGAAGCUCGGCAUUCACGCUGAUGAUCUGGACUUCAGAAUCUACCCAACCAAUGUUCAAGACAAAAACCGCCAUCAGUUCAUUGCCAUUUUCCAGAACAAGAGUGCCCCUAUUGACAUGGGCACCCCGACAUGUAUUACUUGGCAGGAAAUUGGUGCUGAUGCAGAAAUCAGCUUUGUUUUCAUAAUGGGGCAGGAUGGCGAGGCCAUUGGACUUGAGGUUGCGGAAAUGGCUUCCUCGGCGCCGAAAGUUGCGCCACCUGAGCGUCGCGAUCCUCUAGAUGCUAUUGACGAGCAGGCGGGUGAGAUUGUGGCACUUAUUAAGAAGAGCAAGCACUUCAUUGUUUUCACGGGCAUUCCCGACUUUCGUGGCCCCGAAGGUGCCUGGACACUGAGAGCUCAAGGGCGAGCCCGUACUGGAAAGGCCACGAGCACGCUUCAGGCCAUUCCGACACCGACGCACAUGGCUUUGGUGGAGCUCCAGAAUCAAGGUGACCUGAAGUAUCUCGUCAGUCAGAACUGCGACGGCUUGCAUCGAAGGAGCGGCAUCCUGCGGGAUCGCAUUUCAGAACUCCACGGUAACAGCAACCGAGAGUGCUGCAAAGAUUGUGGUAAAGAGUACAUACGAGACUUCCGUGCUGUCGCCAGCUAUGAAAAGUCUGUGCAUGACCAUCGGACAGGCCGUAAGUGCACCGCAUGCGGAGAGAAUCUCCUUGACACCAUCAUCAACUUUGGGGAAUUCUUACCAGAGGAACCGCUCAAGCUUGCUCGAAGUCAUGCCAAAAAGGCUGAUCUUUGCAUUGCGCUUGGUUCGUCUCUUAGCGUUCCUCCAGCGAGCGGCAUCCCCGAGACAUGUGGAAAGAGUAAAAGAAGCAAGCUUAUCAUCUGCAACCUACAAGAGACUUUCAUGGAGGGUCUAGCAGAUAUGCAUGUUUGGGCCGAGUCCGAUGUUUUGAUGACAAGAGUGAUGGAUAGGCUUGGAUACAGCAUUCCAAGUUUUAUCUUGAAGCGCAGGCUUGUGAUUAAGAUUGAACCUGAUACUCAUGAUCGCCAGGUCAUUGUAUUGACUGGUGUCGACGAUGACGGUACUCCAGUCACAUACCUUCAGUCUGUCAAGCUUGAGGACAGCAGACGUAUAGUAAGGUCCGAGCCCUUCUCAUUCGUCUUCCGAGAAGCUCUCAGUACUGGAGCCGAGGUCAAGUUUGCACUUGAGUUUAUGGGACAUUACAACGAACCUAAUGUCGUUAUUGACUAUAGUGUUCCCGAAGAAGAGGGCGCAGAGACGGUGUACGAUCUUUCAUAUGAUCCGAGUACGGGAGAAUGGGUGAUUAUCCGAUAA